AUCGCGUCGCCGGCCGUUCCACCAUUUUCGGGAACCUCGUCGUGUGUACGUCGAGUGCGUCAAUGCGGUUUAUUUACCAUACGAUUUGUUAUCGAUAAUGCUGCCGGAAAUUUAAUAUCGCUUUUAUAAAUCGAUCAGGGGACGAAUGCUUGGCGUGGAGACCCCGACCGUUAAUUUUGUAAUUUUUCGUUUUUCGAUAUCGCAACUUAAAGGUUUACCAUCUCCAAUUUAAUAUAAAUGUAAACAUUGUUGAGAAAUGUUGAAUAUAUAGAAGUGUUCCUUCAAAUCCACUAAACAAAAUGAUAUCAUCAAAUAUGCUUGUGACAAAGAGGCGUUUAGCAUGUCCUCAAACUGUUCAGCAUCUUUGGGAUGCUAUAGCAUAUAUUCGCCAACAAAAACAGAUUCCUAAUUUUGAAAGAAUCUCUGGUUACAUGAAGAGAAUUCAUAAUUUGAAUGCUACUGAUGUGGAACGUCAGUUAAAUUUUUCUGUUCGUGAUGAAUUAGUAAAUGUUAAAAAAAGUGUUGGUUUUAAAGGAUCAAAAGUAGGUGUAGAACAAGAAGGAUAUAGGAUACCAGAAGAAAUUCCAAAAAAAGAUGAACAUGAUUGGUAUUGUUUUGAAUGUCAUCGAGGUGGAGAAGUUGUUUCCUGUACCUCAUGUCAUCGUGUUUAUCAUAGUUUUUGUAUUAAAGAAGAAGUUUCUUCAGGAAAUAAAUUUGUUUGUUCUGUUUGUAAGCAGGAUGAUGAAAAAACACAAAUCUGCUGGGAGAAACAUAAGACAAGAGAAUUACAUCGAAUGCCUCAUCCAGAUGAAGAGAAAUGGCGUCACGAUUUUCUUAUUUAUGAAAAAAUGGAUUUAAUAAUGAUGGAAGAGAAAACAAAAUCAAAUGCCUAUAAACGAUUAGAAGAAUUUCAAGCUGAUGCACAGUGUAUUGUUCACAAUGUUGUGAUAUUUUUUGGAGUUCAUAGUGGAAUGGCCGAUCUUGCUCGACAGAUGCUUCGUGAUUGUAUAUAUGACCUUGGAGAAAUCAGGCAAUGUCGAGAUUGUUAUCGUAUGUCUAAUGAAAAAACAGACAAAUUCUGGUUCUGUCAACCUUGUGAUCCACCUCAUGAAUUAGUAUAUGCAAAACAAAAAGGAUUUCCAUACUGGCCAGCUAAAGUUAUUCGGAAAACUAAUGACAUGUAUGAUGUAAGGUUUUUUGGUGGCUAUCAUCAAAGGGCAAAUAUAGAGAAAGAAAAUAUUAGACCAAUAACAACAACUCUUCAACAAAUGUCAUUGAAAAGGACAAAUUCACUUAAUAAAGCAUUAGAAGAAUUAAGACAUCAUCAACAAUUAAUACAAAAUAAAUGCAAAUCUAAUGUAACUCAACAAUCUUCACAACCUAUCUCUUCUAGUUCUUCUAAAAAAAUAUCAAGAUCUCGAACACGAAAAUGUUCUGAAUCUAGUGAAGUUGUAGAACAAAUAAAAUCUGAAGAAGUUUCAGAUUUUGAGAUGGCUAAUAGAGAAGCAUCAGAUGAAGAAUCUCCAUCAUCAUCUUCGCCUAAAGUAUCACGUUUAAAUGAUACUCCUUUGUCAGAAGAUCAUAAUGUAGUAUCUUCAUCAAGUCAAGAAACACCAGUUGCAAAAGUAACAGUUGCAACACAGACAAAAAAGUUUGGAGGAAUGGGAAAAGAACUGGAAAACAACAAUGAGUGCAAUUGUAGUGCAAAAUAUUCAAAAAUAUUCAGAGAUUUUAGAGAACGAUUAGAAACUGAACAUAAAGAAGAUAAGGAAAGAUCUUUGAAGGAUCUGACAGAAAGGGUAAGUUCAAAAUACAUGGAUACUCCUUUGUCAGAAGAUCAUAAUGUAGUAUCUUCAUCAAGUCAAGAAACACCAGUUGCAAAAGUAACAGUUGCAACACAGACAAAAAAGUUUGGAGGAAUGGGAAAAGAACUGGAAAACAACAAUGAGUGCAAUUGUAGUGCAAAAUAUUCAAAAAUAUUCAGAGAUUUUAGAGAACGAUUAGAAACUGAACAUAAAGAAGAUAAGGAAAGAUCUUUGAAGGAUCUGACAGAAAGGUUACAGAAAGAAUUUGAAGAGGAAAAGCAAAAAGCAGUUUCUUCAGCUAUGGACAAAUUGCAUCGUGAGAUGGAACAAGUAAGGCGAAAAACAGAAGAACAGCUUCAUACUGUUCAUCAGCAACAAAUACAUAAAAUGAUGGAAGAUCAUCAUCAAGAAAUUUCUGAUACCAAAAAGAAACAAUGGUGUUACAAUUGCGAAGCAGAAGCCAUCUACCACUGUUGUUGGAACACUUCAUACUGCAGCGUCGACUGUCAGCAGAUCCACUGGCACAAGGAGCACAAACGGACCUGUCGUCGCAAGCGAUAGUCGUCAGUCGUCCCCCCGCGGUCCCUGUUUCGUUCAUCGUCGGUUCCCGGUCGAAAUCUCCCCAACGCCGGCUCAGUUCAUUUUUAGCCCGCGCAGUCCCAAGGCGGGGAGGGUCCGGGCCCGACUGAAAAUUGUCGGUUUUAAUCUGAUCGGUAACGCAUUUACUAAAGCCACAGUCGCCUUCCCUUCGAUCAAAAGAGUGGAAAGGUGACCACCGUUCUCCUAUUUUGUGUACGACUGGACAUUUCCAGAUAUUAUUUAAUUAUUCGUCGGUGUUCUCAUUUUAUGAAACGACGAUCGUGCCAUGGGUACGUGUAAGAUACGAUCGUCGAAAUACGACAGGUGGGACCAAAAUUCUAUCUACAGUCGAUCGGAAAGAAUAAAGGGAUUUGCCCGGCGAGGAUAGUUUGGCGGCGGAGGGGCGAAAUUUCGUCCGGGACGGCACCGUCGAGCCCCGGCGGAAAUUUCUAGCACUGGACAGGCAACCGGGGCGGAGCGCGGGUGUGGGUCGCAGCCCUCUGGUGGUCGAACUGGGCGUCGAAUUAGUAUAUAUAAUAUAUAAAGGCCGAGGAUAUAUUUUUCUUCGAAAAGCAUUUAA